AUGGCACAAAGCAAGCGCAAAGAGGCCAAAGGGUCUAAGGAUGUAGAGCCCAACAAAAGGGCCAAGGCUGCAAAGGAAGAAGAGCGGGGCCGUCCCCGGACUCGGGCAGCCAUGUCCCAGCAAAGCACCCCGGCAAGCAGUGCAGCCUCGACUCCCCGCCCAACCAAGCGAAUCACAGGCAAGACUGCAACCCAGAGCCCCCCUGUGCGGCCCUCCGCUCUUAAGAAGAGAAAGGGAAGAGCCAACGACCCACCGCAGCCCCAAACAAGCCCCGAAGGGUCAGCGAAGCAGAAAGACAGCAAAGAAGGUGAAACCAAGGCAAAGAAGGAUACAAAGGAAAAGCGGGACGCAAAGGAAAAGAAGGAAGCAAAACAGAAGAAGGAAACAGAGGAACAGAAGCCAGCGCAGGAAAAGAACAGAGAACAGGAAAAGAAGGGAGCAAAGGAAAAGAAGGAAGCAAAGGACAAGAAGGAAGCAAAGGACAACAAGGAAGCAAAGGACAACAAGGAAGCAAAGGACCCCAGACAGAAGAAGCCAACAGCCACGAAGCACAACGGCCCAGAGCCCCAGGACCGUGCCGCAGACGAUCAGAGCAGACCCUCGAACAAGCAGAAAAAGCGAAGGGAUGAAAGUCCGGAGCCAGCCGAAGAAACGCAAGCGCAGCUGGACAAGGAGGUCGACAAGAUGCUCAAGGAAAUUGACACAGAGUCAGAAAUCGCCGAGCAGGAGGAGCUGGACGGGCUGGACGACGACGAGGAGAUCGACGGCAAGUCAGCUAAGUCCGUGAGUGCAGCAGACAGCGAGUCCGACAGUGACAGCGUUGGCGGGUCAGCUGACACAUUGGAUUCCGAUGAAGAUGACUCCGACAGCGACAGCACAUCGGGUUCUGAGAAGUCCGAAGCCGAGCAGCAGCCAGAAGCCUCCACGCAGCUGGUCGCAGCGGCAGAGAAGGCAGAUGCAGUGGUGAAGCGCAACAGUGUCACCAACAAGAAGGAUUGGGACGUCUUCAGCAGGGAGGUCCAAGACCGCAAGAAAUUCCCUGUUAGCUUGUCAACGCAUCUGCAGAAGGACAAAGUUGACCUCUUCAACCUGUGGCUGGAUAACAGCCGAGACCUCAAGAAGGUCGCUGUGGUCGUCGAGCGCCGGGUGGAGCAAGUGAACACCUCGCGCAGUGGUGUCAUCAGCAUGAAGGCCAGAGACGUUCUGGAGAAGUACUCCAAAGAGAAGGCCGAAAAGUUGCUGAAGCGGCUCAAGGAGAAGGGGAAGUACUACGAAGACCCUGAAUUUCCGGGUGAUGAGGAGGAGUACUAUUAUUAUUUGUCAGCGCCCAAGAAAGCCUGGAACGACAAUGUCACCGGCACGAAGAUGUCGUUGUCGGGCACCGAGAAGAAUCCUGACCAGGCGCUGCUUGGUGGGCUGGUCGGUCCCGAGGGGCCGUUGCAGAGUGGGGCGCUUCCUGCUCUCGAGGCACAGACAGCCGAAGGCGAGAAGGCGCUGCAAGAAACCCUCAACAAGAGUGUUACUGUUUCCAAGAAGGCUAACAACAAGAGGAAGACCGAGAAAUCCACGAAGGUUGAACCAACCACCUACAAAGAGAAAGCCGAGGAAGCAAAAGCCGAGAUUCUCCGAGCCAGCUCCCAGGCCCGUCAGCUGGCCCUGGGCUUGUCACACGUGCAGUACGGUGGCUCAUUGCACGAUGAGUUGAUGACAUUCAACGAAGAGAUGGAGGCUUUGUUCAAGGCGAUCCAGAAGUUGGAUGUUGACAAGGCUGAUGAUGCCUCCUACAAGAAGCCUUUGCGCAAGUGUACCCGGAAGCUUGCGUGGUGGAAGACUGCCGAGGCCAGGCUAACUCGAAAUGUGCAACGCUGUUAUGAUAUCGAAGCCAAAAUACCAGCACCUUAA